ACCCCACCGAUAUUUUCAACCAUUUCACCAACCCGACGAAAGAACAUUCAGGCACUUCUCACGAUCAGGUGACAGGCAGCGAAUUUCUAUAAACUGUCUUACCUGACCCUGCACUAUAGGGGGAAGCGCACACAGUUUCUAUUUGACCCCUAUCAUGUCAAAGGAUCUCCCACCCGACUGUCGAAAUGACUGAAGCGGUUGCAAACGGCGCCUCUAGAGCAGGUGGUGUUGACUUUGCUUCAGCCAAGGCCGCCCUCUUUUCCUCUUCUACAAAGACCCGAAUAGCUCAAUUGAGAAUCAUUGACGAAAAACUAAAGGAUAAGACUAUCGAUCAGUCUUCAAUACCAUUAUUAUUACAAUUGCUCUUUGAUACGCACCGAUUCUACGAUGACCGACCAUCUAGAAGGGCAGCCGAAGCCUGCCUUGCUUCCAUCUUCGUAACUACUAGUGACGCUAAGAUUUUGGCGCCGUUUAUAUCUUCGCUGCGACAGGAAGCUCAGAAGCCUGGAAUAUCACCCAAGAAUGCUUUUGUCCUGGUAGAAUGGUGUUCCGUUCUCUUACAGGGACUGGCUGGAAAGCCUCUUUGGGAUAAAUUUGGACUGGAAAUUGUUCACGCGGAUUCUGCUGCUCUCGAAAAAUGUCUACAGUCAACAACGAGACCAAGUGUUGCGCAGUCGGCUCUGGUGGUAACCCGUCGUGGUUUACGUGCUGCUUUCUGGCGCAAGGGACUUCGAGAAAAAUCUAUUCAAGAUGCGGUACAAGCUCUUACCGCCAAGGGUGCUCAAUCAACCGCGAAGAAUGCUGUCAUGCUCGGUGUAAUUGCUGGAGUUUGUUCUCGCCAAACCCAGGCCAAAGACGUUCUGGCUUCUAAGAAGUCGGAUUACUUUGCCUUCUUCACCAGAGAGGUCGUAGGGUCCCGCACACCCGUCCCGGCUCAUAUCGCAACUGGUCUCGGCGACUUUUUCUCGGACUUUGUCACCCUUGAAGACUUGGAUAAGGAUAUUAUACCACCAAUUGAAAAGGGUCUUUUACGAGCUCCGGAAGUAGUCUUGGAUCUAGUAGCGCUGCUGAUUCGGGCCCUUUCAAAAACGCUAGACCUUUCCCAGACCUUAAGUGGACGUCUCCUAAAGCCCCUUCUAUCGAAUGCAAAGUCCAGUAAUGCGGCCAUCCGUGAAGGCGCGCUAGCUGCUUUUAGGGAGGCAGUAACUCGUAGCCACGACGCGAAGACUACGGACCAGAUUGCUGAAGAAGUACUAAAUCCCCUCAAAUCGGGAAAACUAGCUUCUGCGGACCAGAGAAUUAUUCAUUCUCAGAUGUUGGAACACGUGCCGUUAUCCACCGCGGUAGCUGCGAAGGUAGCCACUAGUCUCCCCCCUAUUGCCGCAAAGGAAGGGAACGAAGGAGCCCUUGGAGCCGAAGUCUCCGUCAUCAGUCGAGCUGUCUCCUCUUUACUGAAUGAUAAUACUGAUAUGCCAAAACCUGUUAUUGACGCAUUCACUAAAGGUCUCGUGGAUAAGAAGAUACCUUCACGUAGGCUGUGGAUACUCCAAGCUGGAGAGCUGUUCGUCCCAUUUGCUAACAAAGACCAUGCCGUCCCAGCAAGCGCAGCAAAGCUAGCUGAAGCAAUCGCGGGUCCUCUCGCGGACACAUGGACUGAGAUCGUCAAAAAUCCUUCUGCAGCUGCACAGAGCGGUUUAAUCAUAGGCGCAUAUGUAUUUUCAGCCUUAUCUUUACAAGUUCUGUCGAAAAUUGACAGUGCUCCUCUGAAAGCAGUUCUUAAGAAAGCAGCCGUAUCAAAAGAGUGCCUUGUUGCUGACCCCAAACCAUCUUUUCUUCUCAACCAUCGGGUAUACAGCCGGCUUUCCACAGAGGAUGACACUAGAUGGUUUCUGCGAGCGCUUACGGCAACAUACGAUGGCUUAUCAAAAUCUUCAAAGAAUAUUCAAUCUGUCUGGUUUCAGGCAUUUAUUUACCUAAUAUCUUCCGCUAGUGUCCCCUCUCAGAUCCGCAAAGAGACUUGCGACGCCGUUUCCAAAUUAUACGUUCGAGACCCAGACUUCGUUUCAGAAGUUGCUGUUGAUGGAUUGUGGGGUUGGAUUGAGUCUUCGCUUACUGAAGACAAGGAUAGCAUAGCAGCAAGUGCCAAAUUCGAAAAUGCUCAUAUCCAUCUAAUCCUGAAGUCAAUUUGUCUCAAUGACGAGGAAUUCAAGGAGUUAAGCGCCCAAAAAUCCGAGGAGAGCUUAGCGAAGCAGAUGUGCUCGCUGUUGGUCAUCGCUCGUAACGAUCUAAUCCCGAGAGCAAAUUGGAUAGAUUUGUGUCUUAGGGUUGGACUCGAUCCCGGAAACUUAACUGAAAAGCACAAAGAAGAGUUGAUACAGCAAGUAAUUGACAAGACUAGUUUCAAUCAGAAGUCAAACACAAUCAAGCUUGCUGCUUGCAAUGCGGCGGCAGACCUAGCAUUUGUGGCAUCAGACGCAAUCACUCCAAGAAUCAUAGACCUCAUCCGGACGGAUUUAGCAACGGAAGAGCUUAAGGAGGUGGGUCCUGUAGAGGCAGCCAUAUUCCGGACUCCAGAAGGCACGGCUUUUAUCGACGUACUUGCAAAGAAGCAGACGCUUCCAAAUAAAAAUACGAAAGAUUACGACACGCUAAAAUGGGAGGAGGAGCUGAGAAGUCAAUUAGCACAGAAAAAGGGGCAACAACGAAAGCUUACAGCCGAUGAGCAGGCCAAGGUUAACGCUCAAUUAAAGAAAGAGUCUGAAAUUCGACGGUCAAUCCAACAAUUAGCAUCGCGUCUCACGCGUGGGUUUGGUAUCAUAAGGAGCCUCGUAAAUAGCCCGCCGACGGAGCCUAACCUAUGGAUUGGACCAUCGAUCAGCGCUUUGCUAAGUGCUUUGGAGUCUGGUGCAGGUCUCAUCACAGGUGAUGCUGGCCCUACAGCGUAUCUGGCCUGUUCUGAUCGUGUUACCCCCCGAUUGGGGGCUAUUAGACCUUUCAUCGGCGUUGCGACUUUACGCGCACUUGAAAUCACUUCACUCCCGGAUAAUCUAACCGAAGAAGGCUUAGAAGAACUCAUCACAAGAGUCUUAUAUCGUCUGCGCUUUGCUAGUGAGCAGCGACCGUUCGACGCUGUAUCUGUAAUCUACAUGCUGUCAUUGGUAUUUGUGCUCCUACGAACGGGUGGUAUCGGAGCCGGGGCCGAUGAAAAGGACGCCCAAUUAGUAUUGGCGAUUGAGUUCCUCACAUCACAUACCCAUGUCUGCGCUGAUGAAAGUAUCCCACGAGCAGACUUGAUAUCUAUCUUGACUGCCUCGAUGCAGCAGUACAGCCAACACUACAAGAUCAUUAAGGACUGCUUUACUGAUAUGAUUCGCUGUGUAGCCCCAAACAUAAGCGUGGACGAGAUUGCUGUCCUGGCAAAAGGUGCAAUAGUCCCGCAGGCUUCGGUUCGCGAAACCGUGCUACAGUCGAUUAGUGCCGAGGUAGACAUGAGCGAUCUCGACUUCUCAGAGGAAAUCUGGAUCGCUUGCCACGAUGAUAUCUCCGAGAAUAUCGAACUUGGGCAUGACAUAUGGGAGGAAAGCGGGUUUGAGCUCUCAAAGGAGGUUCCCUUUAAGAUGCUUCCUUACCUAGAAAGCAAAGACGCUCAACUCAGGAGAGCUGCUGCGCGGUCUCUCGCCGAAGCAUGCAAAGAGUUCCCAUCGACAAUUGAGGCCAUAUUGACAAGACUCCGAGCCUCGUACGUCGAGUUUGCUAAGCCUCGAGUUCCUCAGCUAGACGAGUAUGGGAUGCCUAGGAAGACAGAUCUAUCGGACCCCUGGGAGGCGCGGCAUGGUAUCGGCGCUGCUUUUAGAGAGCUUGCUGCAUACUUGCAGAAAUCACAGAUCGAUGACUUCUUCAACUUCCAUAUUGAAGGUGGCCCUCUUAGCGACAAGAACGACACAGUACGUAGCGAGAUGCUCGAAGCGGCACUCGUAGCUAUUGACCUUCAUGGUAGAGCUCUGGUAGACAAACUGAUGAAGACAUUUGAACGUACUCUUGGAGCUCCUGAUAAGGGUUCAGAGGCGGCGGACCGUGUAAAUGAGGCUGUUAUCGUCAUGUAUGGUGCCCUGGCAAGACAUCUGAAGCCUGGAGAUGCAAAGAUCCCGGUUGUAUUGGAAAGGCUACUUGCUACCUUGAGCACGCCGUCGGAAGCUGUUCAAUACGCGGUGGCGGAGUGUUUGCCGCCCUUGGUGCGGACCUGCGGCGACAAGUCCUCUAAAUAUUUCGAUCAGCUGAUCGAUAUUCUCCUGAAUUCUAAGAAAUAUGCUGAAAAAAGAGGAGCCGCAUAUGGUUUGGCUGGCUUGGUCCAGGGAAGAGGCAUCUCGGUGUUACGAGAGUAUCGUAUACUCAUCACACUCAAGAGUGCUACCGAGAACCGUAAGGAGCCUCAACAGCGCGAGGGAGCAUUCCUUGCAUUUGAACUCCUUGCUUCGAUACUUGGCCGCGUAUUUGAACCCUAUGUCAUCCAGAUCGUACCUCAGCUUUUAGCCGGCUUUGGCGAUAGCAAUGCAGACGUGAGGGAUGCAUGUUUAGCAGCGGCCAAGGCAUGUUUCGCAAAGCUUAGCUCGUAUGGUGUUAAGCAAAUUCUCCCUACUCUCCUCAAUGGCCUUGACGACGACCAGUGGCGUAGCAAACGUGGCGCCUGCGAUCUUUUAGGUGCUAUGGCGUACUUGGAUCCGCAACAGCUAGCACAGAGCUUGCCUGAUAUCAUUCCACCGCUUACCGGCGUCUUGAACGAUAGUCAUAAAGAAGUUAGAUCCGCAGCGAACAAGAGCCUGAAGCGUUUUGGUGAAGUCAUCGAGAACCCGGAGGUAAAGAGCCUGGUCGACAUCCUACUCAAGGCCCUAAGCGACCCGACAAAAUACACAGACGAUGCCUUGGAUUCGCUCAUCAAGGUGCAAUUUGUUCAUUACCUCGAUGCUCCUUCGCUAGCCCUCGUCACAAGGAUCCUUCAGCGUGGCUUGGGGGACCGAUCCAACACGAAGCGCAAGGCAUCUCAAGUCAUUGGAAGUCUUGCUCAUCUGACGGAGCGGAAAGACUUGAUCGCUCACUUGCCAGUACUUGUAUCCGGACUAAAAAUGGCAGCUGUCGACCCUGUUCCUACAACCCGUGCGACCGCUUCCCGUGCUCUGGGAUCGCUGGUGGAGAAGCUCGGCGAGGAUGCUUUACCAGAUCUUAUCCCCGGACUCAUGCAGACCCUCAAGUCGGAGACGGGCGCUGGAGACCGUCUUGGCUCCGCGCAGGCUCUCAGCGAGGUCUUGGCCGGGUUGGGUACGACAAGACUGGAGGAAACACUACCUACGAUAUUGCAGAACGUGGAAUCAUCCAAACCCGCCGUCAGAGAAGGUUUCAUGUCUCUAUUCAUCUUCUUGCCAGUAUGUUUCGGUAAUAGUUUUGCCAACUAUCUGAGCAAAAUCAUUCCCCCAAUUCUUGCCGGCCUUGCAGAUGAUAUCGAAUCGAUUCGCGAGACCGCCCUACGAGCUGGUCGACUUCUAGUUAAAAACUUUGCUGCUAGAGCUGUGGAUCUCCUCCUACCAGAGCUAGAACGUGGCCUCGCAGAUGAUAGCUACAGAAUUCGGUUGAGCUCCGUUGAACUUGUCGGCGAUCUUCUAUUCAACCUCACUGGUAUUACCGGGAAAGCUGAUGCAGAAGACGAAGAAGAGAGUGCAAAGGAGGCAGGUGCAUCUCUUCGCGAAGUGCUUGGCGAAGAGAAGCGCAACAAGGUCCUCUCUGCCUUGUAUAUCUGUCGCUGCGAUACGGCUAGUGCCGUUCGCGCAGCUGCAGUUAGCGUAUGGAAGGCCUUGGUCGCUACACCAAGAACUUUGAAGGAACUUACUCCUACCCUCACACAACUCAUCAUCCGCCGUCUGGGUAGUUCGAACAUGGAACACAAGGUUAUUGCCAGUAACGCCUUAGGAGAGCUUAUAAGGAAGGCUGGAGAUGGUGUCUUGUCGAGCCUGCUUCCAACGCUAGAGGAAGGCCUCCAAACUUCGACCGAUACAGACGCCAGGCAAGGAAUAUGUCUUGCUUUGAAGGAGCUCAUUGCAUCCGCCUCUGAAGAGGCUCUCGAAGAUCACGAGAAAACCCUAAUCUCCGUCGUGCGAACUGCCCUCACGGAUUCCGAUGAGGACGUCAGAGAAGCUGCUGCCGAAGCGUUUGACUUGCUACAGCAGAUUAUCGGCAAGCGCGCCGUCGAUCAAGUGCUUCCAUUCCUCCUUAACCUGCUACGCUCCGAGGAAGACGCCGACAACGCUCUUUCUGCCCUACUUACGCUACUCACCGAGACUACUAGGUCUAACAUUAUCCUACCUAACCUUAUCCCAACCUUGAUAGCUCCUCCAAUCUCAGCCUUUAACGCCAAGGCCCUGGCAUCGCUGGCGCGGGUGGCGGGUCCUGCUAUGAACAGGCGUCUACCUAACAUCGUCAAUUCUCUCAUGGAUAACAUCGUGAAUACUAAAGACGAGGAACUCCGCACUGAUCUGGAAGACUCGUUCGACACGGUUAUUUUGUCGAUAGACGAAUAUGAUGGACUCAACACCAUUAUGAAUGUUCUAUUGCAACUCGUUAAGCAUGAUGAUCACAACAAGCGCGCCGUAACAGCAUCCCGACUUUCCAACUUCUUCGCCAAUGCUUCUGUGGACUAUUCGCGCUAUAACCAGGACAUAAUACGUGCUCUCCUGAUCUCGUUCGACGACCGUGACAAGGAGGUGGUGAAGGCAGCGUGGACGGCACUCAGCGAGUUCACUAAAAAGCUCAAGAAAGAAGAGAUGGAAGCCCUCGUACAAUCUACCCGGCAAACACUAUUACAAGUCGGCGUCGCUGGUUCAAAUCUCCCAGGUUUCGAGUUGCCGAAGGGUAUCAACGCUAUCCUACCCAUCUUCCUACAGGGUCUCAUGAAUGGAACGGCGGAGCAACGUACGAGCGCCGCACUUGCUAUAUCUGAUAUUGUUGACAGGACGAGUGAAGCUUCUCUGAAGCCUUUCGUCACGCAAAUCACCGGACCUCUUAUUCGUGUCGUGUCGGAAAGGUCUACUGAUGUCAAGGCAGCAAUCCUACUAACUCUCAACAAUCUACUUGAGAAGAUGCCAACUGCUCUUAAACCGUUCCUGCCUCAACUCCAGCGGACAUUUGCGAGAGCGCUAGCAGAUACUACCAGCGACCUAUUACGAUCACGGGCUGCUAAGGCGCUAGGUACUCUAAUCAAGUUUACACCUCGUGUUGACCCAUUGAUAUCAGAACUCGUCACCGGCUCGAAGACGUCGGACCCAGGCGUCAAGACUGCGAUGCUUAAAGCACUAUACGAGGUCAUCAGCAAGGCCGGAUCUAACAUGGGCGAGGGUUCGCGAGCGGCCGUGUUAGGGUUAAUCGAUAUGGAUACCGACACGACAGACUCGGCGAUGACUGUCACCAAUGCUAAAUUACUUGGCGCACUCAUUAAGAACGUUCCGCCCGAGGCAGCACAUGGCUUGUUAAAGAACCGCGUAGCCACGAAUCACUUCACCAACGCAUCUGUACUCGCGCUCAAUGCCGUUUUCGUGGAAUCGCCGCAGACUUUGUUAGAGAGCUCACUAGCAGAAGACUUGCCCGAUUUACUCUGUCAGGGCAUGUCAAACAAAAACCUGUUCGUGGCAGACAACAGUAUUCUAGCAGCCGGCAAGUAUCUCCUAACAGAUUCGCCAAAAUCAUUCGAAUCAAGCAAGCCGAUAUUCUCGACGCUAGCGACAAUAAUAGGCCCUGGCAAUCCAUCCGAUUCUCGCCGUCUUGCUCUUGUGAUAGUGCGCACAGUAUCGCGUGCGAAUCUCGAGAUGGUCCGACCUCAUCUCCCAUUACUGGCAUCGCCGGUGUUCGCAUCAGUGCGGGAUCCCGUCAUCCCUGUAAAACUAGCGGCCGAGGCAGCAUUCAUAGAACUGUUCAGCGUCGUGGAUGAGGAGACUAAAGUUUUCGAGAAGUACAUGGCCGGGGCAGGGGCCGACCUCCCAGCAAACACUAAACGCAGCAUGCAAGAUUACUUUAAGAGAGUGGCCGUCAGACUAGGCAACCAGGCAAGAGAAAGAAGAGAUGCAGAGGGUGGGCAAGGUGGACUAGGCCUAAGCAAUGAUGAGGUUGAGGAUGAAAAGGAGAUAUGGAGUGUAGGUUCUGUGGAAAUUGGGGACGGCGUCUUUUCGCAGGAUUAAGUCUCCCGGAUCUCGAGAUUUGUACAGAGUACAGGGAGAUGAGCUAUGGACAUGAUGUGCAUGAUGUGCAUUACCCAGGUAUGAAGGGCUCUUUAGCAUGGUAGGUACCUAGGUAGAUAAAAUUUUUGAUGAUAUUUUCGAGCAAGAUGCUGAGUUUCCCCUAUGUGGUG